UUACCGCUCGUUAAUGGAGAAGAAGAAGGGUUAGAUUUGGAAAGUAGAGAAAUGAGCAAAAGCAAGAAGAAGAAGAUUCUCUCUUUGAUCCACUUUCCUCCAUUGUCGUCGCAGAGAGAGUGGAGAUAUUCGGAUUCAGUUUAUGAAGUAGAACUUGGGUCUAAAGGAUUCAGUUUCAUAAACCCUAAUAAGUAUCUGUUGUCUGAUUAACUUAUAGGAAAGAUCAUUUUUUUUUUUGUUUCUCUUAGUGACGGAUUGGUCUAGAAACUAGUAUGCAAAUUGUAGCUUCUGGGAGAGAAAGUUUGUAUUUUUAGUAACGGAUUUAUUUUGGGAGAGUUUGAUUUGUAAGGAUUAGGAUGGGUUUUUUCAAGAAAUUAGCUGGUGUGUUUGGAUUUGGCCAGGAAGUAUUGAAAAAUGAGGAAGAUGAUAUUGAUGUUUACGGUGACGGAGGUAAUCAGCAGAGAUUUCGUGAAACUGGAUUACCAAGGAAAGGAUUUGGAGUUCCGGUUCAAGUUGCUGUCGAAAGGUCUCAACUUGGUCCUCUUCUUCAGCCUUGCGCCAAUGGAGAUGGUGGUAUUCAGGGACUGAGAUGGUACACAAAACGGCUAAGGGUUGAUGAAGAUGGAGAUGUUGCAGAUGAGUUUUUGGAAGAAGGAGAGAAAUCGACUAACGCAGAAGAUGAUCAUAACUGUAUUAAGACUAUGCCAAGAUUCCAAAUUAAACGCAAAACGAAGCCUGUAAAAGUAAGAGGACUAGUUGUGUCUUCUGAUGGGAAACUCCAGCAAUGCAUUGAACAUCAAGGAAGGUUAUUUAUAGUAUGAAUUGUUUUUGAACACAGAGAAGAUUAGGACAGGUUUUUGUUUUAUCAGAAACUCCGGAUUGAAUGUGUAAAGAGGGAAGCAAAAAGCAAAUAGAGUUGCAGUCUUGCAGACAUAUUAGCGAGAAAUGGCAAUGAUCAGUUUAGCUUUGUUUGUGUCUGUGAACUCUAUAUUUUGGCUUAUCGAAUCUGUACAAACUGAUUUGAUUCAUCAAAUUUGUUUUUGGGUUAUUAGUGUUUGAUGUUUGGUGUAGAUUAUAGUUUUUUUGAAAAAACUUGAAUAAUAAUUUG